AAAUAGUAAUUGGAAAGAGUGAACUCCUCUUAAUGGGAAUGGAAGGGCUGUGGUGAUAAAACAAAGGCUGAUGAGCUGAGUGUUUAGGGAUGGGCCAUCGUUGCUGCAGCAAACAGAAGGUUAAAAGAGGGUUAUGGUCACCCGAAGAAGAUGACAAGCUCGUCAAACAUAUCACUACCCAUGGCCAUGGAAGCUGGAGCUCUGUCCCUAAACUUGCUGGCUUGCAGAGGUGCGGGAAGAGCUGUAGGUUGAGAUGGAUAAACUACUUACGACCAGACUUGAAGAGGGGUUCUUUCACAGCUGAGGAAGAACAGAUAAUCAUUGAUGUUCAUAGAAUUUUAGGCAACAGAUGGGCUCAAAUAGCCAAGCAUCUUCCCGGGAGAACCGACAAUGAAGUGAAGAACUUUUGGAACUCUUGCAUUAAGAAAAAGCUACUCUCCCAAGGCCUUGACCCCAAAACGCACAACCUCCUUUCUUCACGUCAAAGAGCUUCUAAUAAACUUGCAUGCAAAUAUUCAUCAUCAUCACCAUCAUCACAAUCACAACAUGGUUCCUUCACUGUUUUCAACAUCACUUCACAUGCUAAAGAUACCAACAACAACAACAACACCACAAUGAUGAUGAACCCACCGCCACCUGUUGUUACAUUCCCUCAUCAAAGCCCAAACCCUAACACUACUUAUGCUCAAAACCUUUACGGUUCAUCAAUGGAUACCCCAUUUGUUUCUUCAUCAUCUUGCUUUGGUAACAUGUUGUAUGAAAGUGAUCCUUGCAUUUGGGAUGAUGCUAAUGCUGUGGUUGAAACAUUUGAAGAACCAAGAGUGGAUAGCUUGCCACCAAUGCCACAACCACAACAGCAAGAGAAUGAUGAUAAAAUUGAUAUGGAUUGUUCAUUAAUGGAGGGUGGUGCUGGUAGCUUUGACCUUGGCUUACUUGAGUCCACACUUCUGUCUGCAGCAAUGGAUGAUUUUGGAUGGAACUUUUAAGGGUAAAAAUACUAUGGAGGCUCUUGUACUACAAGUGAGAUUGUGUUUUACUCUCUUUACUCAAAAAAUGAGCAAAUUAGUUAAUGUAGAUUAGAUCAAAGAGCAAACUGGUUCUUUCAGUUCAAAA